UAAACAUAGAGAAACAUACACGCUCGAAAACUACAAACACAGUGAUGAUGAAUCUCCAAGUUGAAGUAAUCUCCACAGAGAUCAUCAAACCUUCGUCUCCAGCUCCUCAUCAUCUUCGACGUUAUCAGCUCUCUUUUCUCGACCAAGUCUCUCCUUUGGUCUAUAAUCCUCUCGUUCUCUUUUAUGCUCAUAAUGUUUCUACGAAUCCUAAAAAGGAUCACUCCAACAUGUCCUCCAUUACCGACCACCUCAAAAGAUCAUUGUCCCAUGUUCUGACUCAUUACUAUCCUCUUGCUGGGCGACUCAUAGAUAAUACCUUCAUAGACUGCAACGACGAGGGAGUUCUAUACUCAGAAACCAGAGUGAAGGGCCAGCUCUUGGAUUUUAUCCAAAACCCUAACCCUUCUGAACUUAACCGUUUGCUUCCAUUUCAACUUGACAAGGUCACUGAGAUAACCUUCGGUGUUCAGGUUAAUGUUUUUGAGUGUGGCGGAAUUGCAAUUGGUGCUUGUCUUUCUCAUCAGGUCGCAGAUGCUUUGUCGUUUUUCACGUUUCUCAAUUUCUGGGCUUCUGUUGCUAGUGGUAGUGGACAAGUUGAGUCGACAAGUUAUCCAAGCGAUAGGUUUGUGUCGGCUAAUCUCUUCCAACCCAAAAACACAUCAGGGUUCGAUGCUAGGUCUGGAAUCAUAAACGACAACAUAGUCUCCAAAAGGUUUGUGUUUAAUGCUUCAGCAAUCGAAGCUCUGAGGACCAAAUAUGCUCAAACCGAUGAGAAGCUCCCUUCCAGAGUAGAAGCCUUAUCAGCUUUCAUAUGGAGUCGUUACGUGGCAGCCACACAAGACCCACAUGGCGGCCCACAAAAAACCUACGCGGUGGUUCACGCCGUCAACCUCCGUCCGAGGAUGGAACCACCGUUACCACCAGAUUCCUUCGGAAACUAUUACCGUGUUACGAUGACGCUCAUUCCAACGUUAGAGAAUGAAGAGGAAUGUAACUACGGAUUUCUGUUUAUAAAACAGGUAAGGGAACAAUUGAAGAAGAUAGACAAGGGCUAUGUGAGAAGGCUCCAAGAAGGAGCAAAUGAACAUUUGGAUUUCCUUAAGGAUAGUUCGUACAGAGUGCUUGUGAAGAGAGAGAUGGUUUCGUUUAGCUUCACCAGUUUGUGUAGGUUUCCUCUGUACGAUGCUGAUUUUGGAUGGGGAAAACCUACGUGGGUAGGUUCCCCAGCUUUGACUUUCAAGAAUCUGGUUGUGUUCAUCGACACCAAGAAUGGUGGUGGCAUUGAGGCCUAUGUUAGUUUGACUGUGGAAGACAUGGCCAAGUUCGAAGCUGACAAGGAAUUGGUCGCAUGUGUUCAUAAAUCAGAUACUUGAUCCAUGGCAUGUCUGGGGAAAGGUUUGGAUCAAACGAUUUGAUUGUCAUGUGGGAUCGAUCCUUGCUCUUUCUACAUAUACUCGAUCUACUUGAGCCUGAGGAGUAUCUAAAUCCACAAGUCUGAGAUAUCCAAUAUUGAUCAAUUUUAGGUCUUUAUACAUAUUUGUAUGUAUGUACGUACGUACGUAUGUAUAUCAGCAAGUCAGUACGUGGGAAAGAGUAGUAGCAGGAUAAGUCGACUCUUGGUCUUGAGAAGUAAAUAUAUCCAAAGAGAGACAAGUCCCCCUAAAAAUGAACUUGCGUGCGUGCGUGCGUGUAUAUAUGUGUAUAAAAUAUAUCCAUAUUUGGUAUUGUGUGCUGU